GUCACACGAUUUGAAGACGCAAAAUGUCAUUUUUAUUUCAUGUGUAUUGUUUUUAUUGCGAGUUUUGUAAUGAAAUUAGGAAAUAAUUGAAACUCCAAUCGUUUUUUGGUAUCAGUGCAGUGAAUAUUCAACCUUCGUGGGCAUUUAUAUAAUACAAACCCCAUAAACAGUGUCACUUCCGCCCUGUUUAAACAAAGGAACAAAAACAUCCUUUUCACGCCGAUUACUAGAUUGCAGAUCGACUUUGGACUAUAAAAUGGAUUAUGUUACGACAUUAAAGAUCUUGGUUAUUGGAGAGAGCGGUGUUGGUAAAUCUAGUAUUAUCCUGGCAUUCACAACAGGAGACUACAAUGCAUCAUUCCCUGCCACUAUUGGAGUGGACUACAAGUGCAAGGUUAUGGAAGUCAACGGUUUGAAGGUCAAACUUGGUAUCUGGGAUACUGCAGGCCAGGAACGGUACAGGACUUUGACCAACAGUUUUUACAGAGAUGCUCAUGGAGCAAUUUUAGUAUAUGACGUCUCUGAACCUAAAACUCUACAAAAGUUAAAUGAAUGGGUUGAAGAACUACAAGUAUACACUACAAAGAAAAAUAUUGUCUGCCUAGUUGUUGGGAAUAAAAUUGACAAGCCACGUGCAGUACCCAGAGAAGCAGGUCAAGCGUUUGCACAAAAACACAGGAUGCUUUUUAUAGAAAGCAGUGCAAAGACUCAAGAGGGUAUAAACUUGGCAUUUGAAGAGUUAGUGCAAAAGAUCAUAGAAACGCCAGGUCUAUGGGAAACCACCGGAUCGUCUUCAAACAUUCGCGUAGCAAAUGAAGAAGGUAGAGAACAGGAGGAAUCUUGUUACGGAUCCUGUAGUAUUUAAUUCCAUACAUUGUAUAGAUUUACUUGUAUUUUUAUAUGUAUAAAAAAUGCCUUUUGCUAGAAACCAUAAUUUUCGUUGAAGAUAAAAAGUGUCUUAAAGAAAAAUUAUUUUCCUUGCUAUGUCGUAACUAAUUCUGUUUUAGACAUACCUUGAUCCUUAUAUUUUCAAUCCGAGGCGUUUUUCACACAGUGUGUGAAGUAAAAUAGGUAAUUUUGAGCAUGUGUUUUAUAUCGGUUUUCAUUUUUUAUCCCAAAUUCCUCGUAUAACUUCGGUACGCCGUUUUAGUCGUUACUUCCGUGCAAGGUUUAAAGUAUUCUUCACACAGAGGUGGUGACUGGGGGUGUCCAAUUAUUAAAAAAAAAAUACAAACGAUUUUUUUAUUUAAAUAUUUUUUAAACCUUUUUGGGA